CACGCUUACACACACACUCACAUACAAUGCUGCUCCAAAAUAAUGCAGGUACUUUACGCCUAGAGAGCAAGAGCUAGAGCUACGAAGCCGUCGCCGUUUGUACGGCGUACUUGAUCGACCGUACUACUACGGAAAGUCCUUCAGUGUGUUACUACUGAAUCUACGACAGACGGGUAGAACGUAACUGUGUGAAUUUGUCUGUUUUUACCUCAAAUCACGUUGUACAAAUGUCUCAGACCAAAAUAAGCUCUCAUGCAACAAGGUAGGACGCUUCAUAGGAAUUGUCGUGGAACAUUACAGAGCUGGAAAGCUCUUUUUAGUAGCUGACGAGGGAAGCAAGUAGAGCCGCCAUGGCCUUGUCGCCGGGUGAGCGGGAGAAGCCGGGUAGCUUGCCUGGAUCUCCGGUGGAACACCAGCCGUCGAGAGCCGAAUACGAGAGGAUGGAGGGUUGGUUGGAUGCCCACUCAGCCUUCGCCCAUGACUAUUUCGCCAGGAAGGCUACUCGAUCCAUGAUUGAUGGAUGGUACAUCCACCGUGCCGUCUCGCAAAGCACCAAACCUCCGGUUGCAGAGUCGCCACACUCGCCCAACAGCUCUUCUGGAAGUAAUACCCCGGUGCGUAAGGUUUCGGCUUCCGAGUUUGAGGUCCACGGGACAGGUGGAUCUCUUGGACGAAUGGUGCAGACAGUCGAUGGUUCCCCAAGCUUUCUGGGAACCCCUAGUUACUUGCUGAACCAAGGGAAGUCUUCACCCACCCGGAGCAGGAAAUCGUUAAACGAACUCAAGGCUUUGGACGAUCGGGCGGUGCUAAUCGAACUUGUCAAGGAUAUCGCCAAUGAGCUUGAACUGAGCAUGCUCUGUCACAAAAUCUUGCAGAACGUGUUGAUACUGACCAAGGCUGAUCGGGGAUCGCUCUUCUUGGUUCGUGGCAAGGGUACAGAGCAGUGUUGCUUAGCAACCAAGCUGUUUGAUGUGACCAUUCAGUCUACUGUGGAGCAGACACGAGAGGAGAUAUGUGUUCCUUGGAGGAAAGGAAUUGUGGGAUAUGUAGCCGAGACUGGAGAGACGGUCAAUAUUGCCAAUGCAUAUGAGGUAAGUUCAAGUCAUCUCAAUAAGACAUGCAAGUAUGCAACCAUAUUCAAAAUGCUCAAAAAACUAUUAUCUGAUUUGGCACCCCUUUUAUGAUACAAUAAAAAGAUAUAGCACUGCCCUACUUGUUACCUCUGUUUAGACUGAACUUGACCUUCCUUAUCAAUGCCAAAGGCAAUAAACCUAAAAAUGUAGUUCCCAGUACUGUUCUGUUCCCAGGCAGAGCUUACACAUGUUUUUUCUUCUUAUUAAUGACCCCCUCGCCACCCCCACCCCCCCCCUCCCCCUCCCCCUCCCCCUCCAUACGUCUAUACUGGUCAUGACCUCCAGAUAAAGAUCCAGUGGUCAAAUUAAUAAAUACAAAGGAAAAGAAAAUGACAGUUUUAUCAUCCCCUUUUUUAUGCCCUGUACUGUACAUGUACAUAUAUGCAUUUUACAUAUAUCCUUGAAAGAAUAUGAUGUACUGUAUAUAGUUCUACAUUAAAAAGAAUGUACAUGCCCAAUGAGGUGAGAGAUAAACACAUAAGUGAAUUAAACUUCCAACUUGUCUCAUCCUCAUGUAAUUCAAAUGGUUGUGUCCCUUGUCUCUCAGCGAUUACCUGCAUGAAGGACUUGUUCAUUUCAUCGGGAAAUGGAGAUGAAAUAUGCCAAAUAUUAUCAUGACUUAUAACAGUAACGUGCAGAAUGAUGGUCCAAACUCCAAAGAGGUCCCAAGAGAUUGGAGUAUCCACUCUAGGGUGAAGCCGGAUUAUGUCCCUUUCCCCUCCCCUUUAAAGGCCUACAUGUAGAUGUUG